UCCCCUUUUCUGUCCCUGUCUUGUCAUUGCUCUUAGACACAGAGAAAACAUUUCUUUCCUCACUCCGAACUGAGCCUCUCACACCCAAAAGUUACAGACUGGGCAUAAACCCUGUGACCUAGGUUUAAAAUGUAACAGAUCCUGUCGCACACUGAGAUAUACCACACUAAAGUUCCUUCCUCAAAUCCUUUACUCCAUGUAUACUUCCUGAACCUUCAUCACCACUGUCAGUUGGCAUAUUUUUCACCCCUUGUCAUGUCAUGGGCAGAGUCCAAGUACCCUGUCUUCAUCACUCAUUGUUGUUCAGCUGUCAGCGUUGGUCUUUACGCAGCCAUGAUUAACACCUUCUGCCAAUUUGUUAUCUAAUGUGACACCAUUCCAUAACUCUUAGUAAAUAGCUCAGUAGAUUGUACCAUCCUUUGCUACCAUCCUUUGUUUAGACUCUGUCUGCACCCUUGAUCGAGUGAUCUUGAUCCUUGACUUAUUCUUUUCACCUACAUUAGCAUUUCUAGACAAGUUCCUCACAGAGUAGUCUCUACCCUUCUACUGCUCCCAUUGUUCCCCCCACUCCUUUUCUGCUCUUGAUACACUGUCAUGUGGUCCACCUUCGUCGUGCAGGACGAGGAGGCCAGGUCCACAGCCAUAUCUGGCAGAGGUACCGAAGCAGUAGCAGGAAUGUUAGGUGUGCGAAGUGGAGGAUGCAAGCGGCGGACAAGAGCAUCCUCAUCUUCCCUAAGUGACCGUCUGGAAGGCAAGAUCAAGCUAGCAUUCCUUGUGGCUAUAGUGGGCAUCACACUGACUGUCCUAGGGGUGGGCACAGAGUACUGGGUAGAAGUGGCAUCAUCAAAAAACUUUUACAACAAUGAGACAUGCCUGGCUGCCCACUAUGGCUUGUGGAAGAGCUGUAUGAAGAGGCUCUGGAUUACUGAAGUCGACCCUGAGCGGGAAAUCUGUGGGCCUAUCGAUCUUCCUGGAGAAUCAAACUGCACCUAUUUCAAGAUCUAUACAACUGGAGAAAACACAGUCCUGUUUCACAAAACACCAGCAAAGAAUUUAACUAUAAUCACUGCCAUGUUGGCUAUCUUCAGUCUUUUUCUGAUGGUGAUGGGAGCGGUUUGCAUUAUCAUGGCAUUAAGCAAAGGUGUGCGGUUCUUCCUGAAGCCAGCCUCAGUCUGUUUCAUAAUAUCAGGUCUCCUGGUUUUCCUGUCUCUGAUCAUUUUUCAUCAGUCAGUCCUUUCGUUUUUGGCAAGUGAUCACUCCAUACCAUUGCACCAUGAACUGUCGUGGUCAGUAGCAUGUAUGGGAUGUGCUGGCACCUUACUAGUAGUUGCAGGGGCUUUAUUCCUUCUUCUUGCUCUACCAUAUAGCUCUUGGGGAAAAUGUCUGCCUAACAGGAACAGUGGCAGCUUGUGACACGGGCCGUUUGUCAUUUUUGGUACUGAUAAAUUCACUUUUCGGUGCAGUAAACAAUUUGGGUUUAUCUUAAAUAAGUAAAAUAAGCUCUUUGGGAAACAAAAAACCCAUUGUGUAUUGGUUUGUCUUUUGUCAGAUAAUGUACAUUUAUGAGAUUAUGAGACUUUUAAGAUGAAUGCAAAUGAUAUAGUAUAUAGUAAUAUUGAUUACAUUGAUUGUGUUAUAGUGACUAUUUUUUUUGCAAUGUACCAGUGAAGUGUAUUAAGAUUAAAGAAGGGUUAAAAUGAUCAUUUGUUGUGAUCAUGGUACAUGUGUGAAACAAGGCAUAACAUUAUGGCAUUUCAAAAUUUUCAUAUGUAUUUGUGACCAUGUGGUAAUAUGCCACAGAGCGAAACAAAUGUAUAAAGGGGUUGAGUUUUAAUGAAUACAUUGGUUGGAAAUGCAACUGCUAUAUCCAUACAAAUCAUCUCCUCUCAUUCCCUUCAAGAACCUAGUGUGAACAGUGCAACACAGUGACAUUUUCAUUAUUAUGUACAAUUAAAUUUCACUUUCACAGAUUUUAUCACUUACAGAUCUAGUUUUAGUGGUAGAUAUAACCACGCUGGCUGACAGUACUUACAGCAAAUAAAUCUUCUGGGUUUUUUUUUCGAUAUUUUGAUGUUAGUGUCGGAAACGUAGAUUAAAGUGUGUGCAUUUUUAUUUUAAAUGCCAACAGUUCAAUAGCCGCAAUCAUUUAAGAGACAGAGCUAAUGCAGAGUUCAAACAGAAUAACAGAGUACACAAGCUGCGUGCUGCUGUCAUGUGCAUUAAGCAUUUUUUUAUAAACACGGAAUAUAAAAUGCCAUGUUCAUGUUAUAUAGUGCAUGAGCUCUAUUUUCUCAUUUUGUUUCCAAAACACAUAAACAGCAAAUUCUCACUUUGUGUUUUUAUGUGUGCUGUGUGUGAUCACAUUACACAAUGAGCUCUAUUUUUGUGCCCAAAUAAGUGUAAUUAUAAUUUGCUGCUUACCGCUGGCUUGUUGCUAGUUUGGUUGAAUGCAAGCCAACCUUUUCACAAUUGCUCAUUGUCACUAUUUUCGUGUUUGUAAAAAUAAUGUGCUGCUCCUGACUUCGGUGGAAUGGUUAAAAAAGUGGCAAGAUUCCAAAUUCCCCAACACAGUGGGAUCAUCCAAAAAGGCACAUGCCUUACCAACUCCAUACAAUUUUAAACAAGCUCAGAUUGCCUCUACCGAGUUAUGCUGUACUCUCCCUUGCAUGACAUCCAACAACUCUAAGUAAAGAAACACCCUAAGUAAAGAAAGGUAUUUGGAAUACCAUAGCAACACCCUAGCAACCGCCUGGUACAACACAGCAACCAUUUAGCAACACCCAACCACUGGUACAGAUUUAAACUCCUGGAAAAAUAUAAGAUUGUGCACAUCUCAAGGACACUUUAUAAAUGCUUUUGCUGCAGCCUUUAGUAACCACAACUAAAUGUUUUUGUUUUUUUCUUAAUUUUUUUUUGUUGUGUUUACUCUUUGGCAGACAUUACCUAGUUGGAGAGGGGUAACAUAAACAGUGAACACUGUGGCCAAAAUUUGAGGUAAAAAUAAUGAAAAAUAAUGUCUUAUCCCCCUGGCUGCACUAAGAGAUAGUUUCAUGAGGCAGAAAUGCACACAUUCUAGGUUCCAAAAACCCACUGCAGUUUCUGAAUGCCACACAACCUUUCGUGCUCUUCCACCUACUUCAUUCAUUUUUCUUCCACUUUUCCUCAUUGGGGUUGUAGCUGAGACAGUCAGCCCAGACUUCUCUAUCACCAGCCACAGAUUUGCUCUCCUCCUCGGAGAUUCCCAGAUGUUCUCAAGUCAACUGUGGCAUAUAGUCUAUCCAGUGGGUCCGGGGUCUGCCCUGUUGUCUCCAUCCAGUGGGAAAUGCCUGAUAUUGCUCUAGUGGGAGCCAACCAGGGGGAAUCCAUGUAAAGUGCCCAAAUCCACCUCAGUACAGUACAUGCAGUACCUCAAACACAACAAAUAUUAAAUCACAUGAUCAUAGGCCUUCUCCAAAUCCACAAAACACAUGUAGACUGGAUUUUAAAAAAAUGAAAUCUCCCAUGACCCCUCACAAAGCUGUGCAAGAGUACAGAACAGGUCCAUUAUUCUAUGGCAUGGGCAGAGCUCAUUGUAACUCCCGGAUCCUAGAUUCAGUGAUCAGAUGGAGUCUCCACUCCAGAACCAUGGCAAAGAGAGUGAGUUGCCUAUAAUUGGAAGCCACCAACAAAAAAACUGGGAUCGAAAUCUCAGUUUGCCAGCCUAAAGGCACUAAAACAGUGUGCUAACUACACAAUCCCCAGCCUUCAACAUCUCCAGCUGAAUCGCGUCCACCCUUGGAGCCUUGCCACAGUGAAGAUUUCUUACCAUCAUACUAACCUCAGGUACAGAGAUGGGCUCCAAAACACCAGAGAUUUCUGGCACUGCCUGCUGAAGGGAGGGUAUGUUUACUGAGUUAAGCAGCUCCUCAAAGUCCUUCCAUCCCUUAACAAUAUCCCCAGUAGUGGUUUGCAAGGACAUCUUUGAAGCCACCCACAGCAUAAUAAUUUAUGAGCAGAAAAAUAGCAACAGUGGAUGAAUACAUACAAAAAAUGAUUUGUGCCCAACCAAAAUAGCAACACACAGGUGUUAACCAGCAAAUUACACUUCUGUCAGCAGGAAAACUGAGCUCUAUGUAUUUGCUUGUAAAGCAGUCGAACAUAAUUAAUAUGUAGCAGAGAUGUUCACUUUUUGCAAGUCUGAGGCACCUCUCUGAGUCAAGCCAAGUCUCUGAGCUGAAGCCUGAGUCAAGUCUCAAGUCUUUAGUCAUGCACUUUUGUUAACAGUCAGAUUGUUAGUUAUAGGAGUUUUAUUACGCAUAAAUAAAAUACUGCUAUAUUAUUUCUAUUGAACACAGUAUUAAAUGUCAGAAAUACACAUGCUAUAUUGUAUUUAUUUGCACUUAUGUAUUGGAAGCAUAAAAAACAAACAUAUCAACUUUAUUUGCCAGAUACAUAGGUUAGGUAACACACUUGCUGUCCCAACUAAUGUCUUAUCAUGUGUCUUUUGCAAAAAGUUGCUUUGUUGAUGUUCUUCAUUUUGUAAUUGCAUCACAUUGAAAGUUUUUGUAACCCAGAUAUUAUAUUUGAAGUUGGGGCAUUUCUGGCUUUUACAAAAAUACAUGAAACACCCAGGGCUUGUAGGAAGAAUAAGUACAACCACCACUGUUAGUGCAUUUGAGAUUACCAUUCAGAACCUAGAUGAACCUAGUUGAAAUUGUCUCCUUAAUCAACCAAAUUGUUACCUGGACUGCUAAGAUACAUUAUACGGCCAAAAGUUUGUGGACACCAGACCAUAACACUCAUAUCAGCUUGUUGAACAUCCCAUUCCAGAUUUAUUCCCCCUUUGCUGUUAUAAUAAGCUCCACUCUUCUGGGAAGGCUUUCCACUAGAUGUUGGAGCGUGGCUGUGGGGAUUUGUGUUCAUUCAGCUACAAGAGCAUUAGUGAGAUCAGGUACUGAUGUUGGUGAGGAGGUCUGGGGUUCAGUCGGUGUUCCAGUUCAUCCCAAAGGUGUUCAGUGGGGUUGAGGUCAGGGCUCUGUGCAGGACACUCGAGUUCUUCCACUCCAACCUUCACACACCAUGUCUUCAUGGAGCUCGCUUUGUGCACAGGGGCAUUGUCAUGCUGGAACAGGUUUGGGCCUCUUAGUUCCAGUGAAGGGAAACUGUAAUUUUACAGCAUACAAAGACAUUCUGUACAAUUGUGUGCUUCCAACUUUGUGGCAACAGUUUUGGGAAGAACCACAUAUGGGUGUGAUGGUCAGGUGUCCACAUACUUUUGGCCAUGUAGUGUAAGUGGAGCAUGUUUCUGGCAGAGAAUUGUCUUAAAUAAUACUUGUUUCACAUUACCAAACCACCAAAUAAUUAUUUGUUUGUUUGUUUAUGUUUCUUCAUUAGUUUUCCUUUAAAAUACACCCUGUUUGGUAUGUAUACUGUAAAUUUAGUGUCUGUAUUUUAAAAAAUUUAAAUACAACAAUGUGUAAUUCAUAGAGAUGUCAAACUUUUCUGUGUACCAUGUGUGGGUGGGUGUGUAUGUGUGUGUGUGUGUGUGUGUGUUUGUGUGUGUAUUAAUUUAUAGUAUAAUAUUUCCAUUUAUAGCAUUUAUCGAACGCCCCUAUUUAUUUAUUUAUUUAUUUAUUUAUUUCAAUCAAUGAGACCUUGGGAGAUAAUGUAUUGGUCAACCCUAAUAGUUUAAUUGUCCAGCUAUUGAUAGAUAUUAAAUUUUAUCCCUCCCAUCCAAAAUCACCACUAGCCACCACUGCAAUGUAAACAUUUCUCAAAAUGCUAUUAUAAUAAAGAUAACAAGUAGAACAUGAUUCCAAUGGUGUCAGUGAGGUUGCCUCCACGGCCAACAAGUUGAUAGAUAUUGUUGACAGCUCCUUUGUCUUCAGGAUGUUUGCUUAGGUAUGUUCUUUAACAAACUCCAGGAACAAUUAUGGUUACAUUGAGAUCACGUGACACUUUAACUGCACACAGGUGGACUCCAUUCAACUAAUUAUGUGACUUCUGAUGGCAACUGGUUGUACCAGACCUAAUUUAGGUAUUUCACAGCAAUGGGGUGAAUGCUUAUGUAGUCACUACUUUUAUGUCUUAUAUUUGUAAAUAAUUUUGAUAUAUUGGUUUCCCUCUACUGUAAUAUUAUGAGUUAUUUUGUGGAGAUUCAGGACAUACUAUAAUCCCAAAUAAGUCUAUUUUAAUUCCAGGUUGUAACACAACAAAACUUUAAGUAAGGUUGGGGGUGUCACUGUAUAUAGAAGAAAACAGAAUUCCAAGUUGUUAGAAUAAAAUGAAUAUACAUUAGAACGAGACAAUAGAGUGGUUUGGAACCACUUCUUUUUUUCUUGUUACUAUAAAAUGAAACUCUUUGUCUUCUAAUUUUGUUCUUUUUGGGAUUUUGCGCUCAACCUUAGAGUAGGUGUCUUAAAUAAAUAUUUUUUAAGGAAGAUUUUUAGCAUUAUUGCACAAUAUAACACUGUUAUAUGUGGCCCAGCAUGAAUUAAAAAAAAAAAAAAAAAACAGUGCGUACAGGGUGUCUUUUCCAGAUCCUCAGCAAUCUGCAAUCAUCUCCUAAAAAUAUCUUCACAACUUCUCAAGUACCAGGCAACAAAAUAUACUAAAAUAGAACUAGAGUGGAAAAAUAUUGCCAUUAAAUCUAGCCGAACCAUUUAAUGUAAUCAUUUUCUACACUGAUCAAGAGUGUAUGCCUGGAAUAAUAUACUAAAUCAUUUAUUGUUUAGUCAGAAGGAGACAGUCCUGAACCAACAUUAAAUGUCUUGGUGAGUUUUGGUUUAUCUGUAUGGUAGUUAAGACUAACAGUCUGCUUAAAAGUCUGCUGUUAUUUUGGCCCCAUAACUCAGUAGUAAAGGUUAAGUUAAAGUUUCACAAUAUUUGUGUGUGGUUUUUGUAUAUGUUCUCAAAGACAAGUAAUCAUAAUGCAAAUAUUGAGUAUGCUGAUGUUAUGUUAUCCUGAUAAUAAACCUCAGUGAAAUCUGUAUGAUUAUAUGAACAUUUAGAGAUGUAAGAGAAAUACAUAAUC